CUUCAAGCAAGUACUUCUAAUACAUUCUAAAAGAAUGGUUGUUCAGUUAAUUUGUACCAUUUGUCUUGUCAGUGAAUGUAUUUUUAUGUUAGGUCUUCUUUUGACAUCCUGAAAGUGAAUGACAUGGGUGAAAUUAACCAGACACUUGUGUUAGAAUUUCUUCUUCUGGGUCUUUCUGGAUACCCAAAGAUUGAGCUAAUUUACUUUGCUCUGAUUCUAGUUAUGUACCUAGUGAUUCUAACUGGCAAUAGUGUUCUGAUCAUAGCAAACAUCUUUGACUCUCGUCUCCACACUCCCAUGUACUUCUUCCUGGGCAACCUCGCUUUCCUGGAUAUCUGCUAUACAUCCUCCUCUGUUCCUUCAACAUUGGUGAGCUUAAUCUCAAAGAAAAGAAACAUUUCCUUCUCUGGAUGUGCAGUGCAGAUGUUCUUUGGGUUUGCAAUGGGGUCAACAGAAUGUUUGCUUCUCAGCAUAAUGGCAUUUGACCGCUAUGUGGCAAUCUGUAACCCUCUGAGAUACCCCAUCAUCAUGAGCAAAGUAGUGUAUGUAUUGAUGGCUUCUGUGUCAUGGCUUUCUGGUGGAAUCAACUCAAUUGUGCAAACAUCACUUGCCAUGAGACUACCUUUCUGUGGGAACAAUAUUAUCAAUCAUUUCACAUGUGAAAUAUUAGCUGUUCUCAAGCUAGCUUGUGCGGAUAUAUCCCUCAAUAUUAUCACCAUGAUGAUAUCAAAUAUGGCCUUCCUAGUUCUUCCACUGAUGGUCAUUUCUUCUUCCUAUAUGUUCAUUCUCUACACUAUCUUGAGAAUGAACUCAGCCACAGGAAGACACAAGGCUUUUUCCACCUGCUCAGCUCAUCUGACUGUAGUGAUCAUAUUUUAUGGUACCAUCUUUUUUAUGUAUGCAAAACCCAAGUCUCAAGACCUGAUUGGGGAAGACAAGACACAAACCUCAGACAAGCUCAUUUCUCUGUUUUAUGGGGUAGUGACCCCUAUGCUGAAUCCUAUAAUCUAUAGCUUGAGGAAUAAAGAUGUAAAAGCGGCUGUAAAAUAUCUGCUGAACCAAAAACCUGUUUACUAACAAUACCAGAAAACGUAGG